AUGCAUGAUAUCAAGGGAAAUGUGCGUGAUAUAAUUGAAAAUGUGCAUGAUAUCAAGAGAAAUUUGUGCGAUAUCAUUGAAAAUAUGCAUGAUAUGAAGGGAAAUGUGCGUGAUAUCAUUGAAAAUAUGCAUGAAAUCAAGGGAAAUGAGCGUGAUAUCAUUGGAAAUAUGCAUGAAAUCAAGGGAAAUGAGCGUGAUAUCAUUGGAAAUAUGCAUGAAAUCAAGGGAAAUGAGCGUGAUAUCGUUGAAAAUGUGCAUGAUAUCAAGGGAAAUGUGCCUGAUAUAAUUGAAAAUGAGCAUGAUAUCAAGGGAAAUGAGCGUGAUAUCAAGGGAAAUGUGCAUGAAAUAAAUGAAAAUGAGCAUGAUAGCAAUGCAAAAUUAAUGUGCAUGAAAUAA